CUGCAGGAGACGGUAAAGAGGAAGCUGGAGAGCGCUGGUUCUCCGUUGGGCAGAGGAAUUCAACGGUUUCAGCGACGGUUUCCCAACAAGAAGUCCUGUCUGGACAACGGCACGACUAACGGCCCCCGCCUCGACUCCAUUGGGAUCAGUGACUCUCUGACCUCUAACGGGAACCGGGCCGGCGGGGAGUCGACGGACAGCGGUGGCGAGCCAGGUUUGGACUUCCUUAGGAAGGAGAUGAAGCAGGAGCCAGAUGACAUCCUGCCCAUCAUGCCUCCAUCAGGAGGAGAAAACAGCCUGUUCCCUGACCUCAACCUAAAUGAGCAGGAGUGGACGGAGCUGAUGGAGGAACUGAACUGUGCCGUGGCAUAUGAGGACAUUCAAGACAUUCUCAACGUCUUUGAGGACCGCAAAGACCCUCUAGAGCUGGCACCCACUCCGGGUGGGGGUGGGUCUGUGGGGGAGCAGGAGGUGGUGUGGGGGCCAGCCGUCCCAGGGACUACUUCUCCAGAUCUGGUGAAUGUGAAGACGGAGUUCUCUCCGGCCUCUGCAGUUUUCGAGCAGGACUCUCGCACCGCUCCCCAUGUAAGGUCCACCUCCUCUGGGCCGCCUCCUCACCCCACCAGCUCCCUCGCCUCGCCCUCUGCCUCUUCUCCGGCUCCCCCUUCCCAGCCCGCUCCCAACCCCAGGCAGCUUCAGCCUCCCCAACCACCUUCUCCUCUCGGGCCCCAGGUGCCUAAAGAUCUGUCCCCUGCUCAGCAGCUCCAGCAGCUGGCAGCCCAGCAGCAGAGAGCGCAGCACCUCCAUGGCCAGAUGCAGCACAAACAACCACAGCCGGGGCCAAGUUCCACAACCAGGGGCCCCGUGCCACCUCCACCUUGGCCCCAGAUGGCCAACACCUCUCAGAGCCCACUGGGAGGCGUUUCGUUUGUUAUGGACAAACCCACGAGUCCCUCCUUGUACCCACAGGACUUUAACCCAAAUGCCCAGAAGCAGCUGCUGAUGCCCGGUCAGCCCAACAAAGGCCCCCAAGGGGGCCGGGCGGCUACAUGCGGAGCAGGGCACCCCAACAUGCUGGGUCACCCGACUUCAGGGCCUCCUCGGCCACCUCAGGCCCCUGACCUCAGGCCCAGGCCGCCAUGUUGAACUACAACAACAAAACCCCUGUCACACUUUGAGGCGGGGCCCGGCCUGGGCCCUCGCCCCAACACCCAGAGCCAGAACAAGGCGGCCCUGCUGACGCUGCUCAGACAACAACAACAGAUCAAACAGAAGAACAGCAUGAACUUUCGCCAACAUAUACCACACACACAGGACCAGAACAACUACCCCGUCUCUCACGGCCCAGGCCCCGCUAACACCAUGGCACCUGCGCCUGGAAACAACGGCAUGGCGCCAGCACCAGUGAACGCCAUGGCAGGUAACCAUGCUAACGCUGCGUACCUGAGCAACCAGGCGGCGGUGGCGGCGGUGCAAAAGCAGCAGCAGCAGCAUCAGCAGCAGAUCCUGCAGCAGAAGCAGCAGCAGCAGUACAUGCAGAGACAGCAGCUCAUGGCUGAACAGCAGGAACAGCAGCUUCAGAGGCGCCUGACCCGACCGCCACCGCAGUACCAGGACCAGCCGGGUCAACCAGCCAAUCAGAACCCUUUCCCACAGCAGUCAGUCAACCAGUUUACAGGUACGACCACACUGCUUUGA